AUGAUUGCGUCGAGCAGCAGGAUGAAGAGUAUGGAGAAUCAGAGCACGAUUGUCGACACGAUGACUGAAGGGCUGAAGCCGUUCCAGCUCCCUGGCAACUGGGUUGACGGCUUCGUUAUGUCGUUUGUAGCUUCGGGGCAUGAAGGUGCGAUUAGCGUGAAGCAAGACGAUAGCAGAUUUGUUUUCAAGCGUGUUGACCAGAAAUCCGACGAGUUUCAUGCCUACGAAUCUCUUCCUCAUGAAUUGAAGAGUUUCUGUCCGAGAUAUUUUGGUGAGAGCAAGGCAUAUUUGGAGUGCGAUGAUGACAAGAGUUGCAGGAGCGCAGCAUAUCGAAGGAGAUACUUUCCUCAUGUUAGAAACCUUGUGUUCGGCAUGAAGAAUCCGCAUGUGAUGGACAUCAAGAUGGGUACAAGAACUUUCCUCGAGACGGAAGUGGUGAACGAGAAAAGGAGGAUGGAUCUGCUAGCGAAAAUGAUAAAGAUCGACCCGAAUGAACCCACCGAGGAAGAGAAAGAGCUCGGAAUCACAAAACUGAGGAGGGACUUCAGGUACAUGCAGUACCGAGAAAAGUUGUCGACGUCGGAGAAGCUUGGCUUUAGAAUUGACGCGAUCAAAAUCCACGACGAGGAGAGACCGUCGUUAUCACAGGCGAGUGAACGACAGGAGGAGGAGGAGGAGGAGGAGGAGGAGGAUGAGCAUGCCAAGAACAUCUGCGAUGUGAAGGGAGUCCAUGAGGCUUUCAGGGUCUUCCUGUGCGGCAGGACAGACGUGUGGGAGGCGAUGCUGACACAGCUCAAAGAGCUGCGGAAAGUGCUCGAGGCUUCCGAAUGGUUCAUGAAGCACGAGAUCAUUGGCAGCUCCAUCCUCUUCGUGUUUGACAAGUAA